UGCUGCAACGCGGUUUGUCCCUCUGUGUUCGCCGUGAGCAGCUGAUAUGCAGGUGAAAGGUCCAGCCACUGCAGCAGACAAGAUGGAUGUCAACCAGGCAAAACAAGAGCAUCUUUUGGCAUUAAAAGUGAUGAGGCUGACCAAACCUACGCUUUUUACAAACAUGCCAGUAACAUGUGAGGACAGAGAUCUUCCAGGUGAUUUGUUUUUACGACUCAUGAAAGAUGAUCCGUCCACUGUAAAGGGGGCAGAAACACUAAUCCUUGGGGAGAUGCUCACACUGCCACAGAAUUUUGGAAAUAUUUUCCUUGGUGAGACCUUCUCCAGUUACAUCAGUGUGCACAACGACAGUAGUCAGGUGGUCAAAGACAUCCUGGUGAAGGCAGACCUGCAGACGAGCUCUCAGAGGUUAAAUCUGUCUGCGUCAAACUCCGCCGUUUCAGAGCUUAAGCCUGAGUGCUGCAUUGAUGAUGUCAUCCAUCAUGAAGUCAAGGAGAUUGGCACACACAUCUUAGUCUGCGCAGUCAGUUACACCACUCAGACCGGCGAGAAGCUUUACUUUAGAAAGUUCUUCAAAUUUCAGGUUCUCAAGCCUCUAGAUGUAAAAACCAAAUUCUACAAUGCUGAGAGUGACCUCAGUUCUGUGACAGAUGAGGUGUUUUUAGAGGCACAGAUCCAGAACAUCACCACAUCUCCAAUGUUCAUGGAGAAAGUGUCUCUGGAGCCUUCUAUGAUAUACAACGUCACUGAGCUCAACAAUGUGGCAUCUGGAGAUGAGAGCGGCGAGUCAACGUUUGGGAAGAUGUCGUAUCUGCAGCCCUUGGACACGAGGCAAUAUUUGUACUGUUUGAAGCCCAAGCCAGAGUUUGCAGAGAAGGCCGGGGUCAUCAAAGGAGUCACGGUCAUCGGCAAACUAGACAUUGUAUGGAAAACCAACCUUGGGGAGAGAGGACGUCUGCAGACCAGUCAACUGCAGAGAAUGGCUCCUGGUUAUGGUGACGUCAGGCUUUCUCUGGAGUUCAUCCCAGACACUGUGGAUCUAGAGGAGCCCUUCGACAUCACCUGUAAAAUCACCAACUGCAGUGAGCGGACCAUGGAUCUGCUGCUGGAAAUGUGUAACACUCGCUCCGUCCACUGGUGUGGGGUGUCCGGCAGACAGCUGGGCAAACUGAGCCCCAGCGCAUCGCUCUCCAUUCCUCUCAAACUACUGGCAUCCGUUCAAGGUUUACAGAGCAUAUCCGGCCUGAGGCUCACAGAUACCUUCCUGAAAAGAACGUAUGAAUAUGACGACAUUGCCCAGGUCUGUGUGGUGUGUCCUUACACCAGUCCAGAGUGUUGAACACAAUCCCUGUCAUAUUUUACACUGUCUGUUUCAAUGGACCAAACCCCCAUCAGUCCUGCGUCUAUUAAUAGAACACCUUCUGCUCUUUACCUUAAGCUUGAUGUUUUAAAUGAUCGUUUUUUAAGCCCUUAAUGCUUUUAUCUGUCUAUCAAUGUAAAUAAAAGUACAUUUAAAUGAAA